GGAGUGACAGCACUAUACUUUGUAUGCACACUGUAUAUAACAAUGGCAGAUAUUAACGUGGAUAUAUCGCUGCUGCCAGAGGAGGUUAGACGGAAGCUUGCUGAGCUUAAUUUGGAAUUAUCGGAGGGGGACAUAACUCAAAAAGGGUUUGACAAGAAGAGAAGUAAGCUCCUUGCCCCUUUCAAUGUACAGCAGCCACCGCAAGACACAGGCCCUAGUGCUCCGAGUCCACAGACGGCAGCCCAGAGGAAGGCUCACCGCAGACUUACUCGGGAGGACAACAGAUAUCAUUCUGAUUCUUCCUCGGAUGAUGACAGUAUAUUUGGGGAAGAUGUGUCUCGGGAUUUUAAUCGUGGUGGCCGUUUCCGUGACAGUGGUGCAAGUUCAUCAUCAUUUUCUGAUGCCGGGGCCUCGCCUCAUCACCAAGGUGGUCGGGGAGAGCGGCCACAUAGUGCUGCAUAUGCUAUACCCGGAAAUACUUCACGCCAAGCAUUGGCAGAUGUUUUACAGAGUUCAAGACAUUGUCCACGCCACCAAGGAAAAGUUUCAGCUAAAAUUCAACAGCUGCUGAACACGCUGAAAAGACCAAAGAGAAAACCCCUCAAAGAUUAUUUUGUGGAAGAAGACGAUGCUUUAGAAGCCCCUCAACCUGACCCCAACGCCCCAAAACCAGAGGGCAGUACCCUCACACCUGUACCUGGUGAACAGCUGGUGGUACCAUCUGGUCUUCCCCGUAACCUUGAAGCAGCACUACAGAGAUAUGGGUCCUCCACCUAUAAAGCCAAUGCUGUCACGGUCCUGGACCAGAACGGAAAACCUUCUAUCAAUCUUACCUAUGGAAAGCUGCUGAGUCGUACUCAUAAAAUAGCCUACACCAUGCUUCACAAGGUGGGACAGAAGGGUGAGGGAGGAAUAAAACCAGGUGACCGGGUGGCGCUGGUGUAUCCAAACAACGAUCCAAUCUCAUUCAGCUGUGGGUUUUAUGGCUGUCUGCUGGCAGGUGUUGUUCCUGUACCUGUGGAGGUUCCAUCUUCUCGACGGACCGUUGUUGUUGACGAUAGCAAGGAUGCUGGAGGACAAGGUAUAGGUUUUCUCCUUGGCAGUCUUAAUGUACAGUGGGCCCUUACAUCAGAAGCCUGUCAUAAAGGCAUGGGCAAGUCAUCUAACGGAGAUGUGGCCAACUUCAAAGGCUGGCCUAAGCUGAGCUGGUUCAUCACAGAUCAUCUAAGUAAACCUCCAAAAGACUGGCACCCACCACCUAAACAGUCGGAGGAUUGUCCUGCUUAUGUAGAGUACACACAGAGUAAGGAAGGAAGUACAGUAGGGGUGAAGGUCACCCGUAGUGCUAUGUUGUGCCAUUGCCAGACACUAACAGUAGCAUCUAACUACACAGAAGGGGAGGUCAUGGUCUGUGUUCUAGAUUUCAAAAGAGACGUUGGUUUAUGGCAUGGAAUUUUAUGUAGUGUAUUCAAUGGCAUGCAUGUGAUAUUUAUUCCGUAUUCCCUGAUGAAGAUUGACCCGGCUUCGUGGAUGAAAAUGAUAACAAAGUAUAAAGCUUCCGUUGGUAUUGUGAAGUCUCGAGACAUGCAUUGGGGCCUGUUGGCACAGAAAGACCACAAAGAUGUCAACUUUAGUUCUCUACGAUUACUACUGGUGGCUGAUGGGGCAAAUCCAUGGUCCCUGACAUCUUGUGACGCAUUCCUCAACGCGUUCCAGAGUAAGGGCUUGAAAUCAGAAGCGAUCUGCCCAUAUGCCAGUUCAUCAGAGGCCCUCACUGUUUCCAUCAGAAGGCCUGGUAAGACGAGCGCCAGUAAGACAGGACGAGGGAUCCUGUCCAUGCAGGGACUAAGUCAUGGCGUGGUGCGAGUGGACAGCGAGAACAGUCUUACCUCACUCACCCUUCAGGACUGUGGCCAGGUUAUGCCUGGAGCUGUGAUGGUGGUGAUUAAGAUAGAUGGCCCACCGGUUCUGUGCAAGACAGAUGAAGUUGGAGAACUGUGUGUGUGUUCUGGGUACGCAGGCACGGGUUACUGGGGUCUACAAGGUAUUACUAGCAACACUUUCCAGGUCCAGCCUCUCCAUGGCGAUGGCCGUUCUGCUGGAGACAAAAUGUAUGUGAGGACAGGACUUCUUGGAUUUCUUGGUCCUGGAGGUUUGGUUUUCGUGUGUGGAAGUAAGGAAGGCUUAAUGAGUGUUUCUGGUCGCAGACACAACACGGACGACAUCAUCGCCACAGUACUAGCAGUAGAACCAAUGAAAUUUAUAUACAGAGGGAGGAUUGCUGUAUUUUCCAUACCAGUGCUGAAGGAUGAGAGAAUUGUGAUCAUUGCAGAACAGCGACCCGAUUGUACAGAGGAAGAGAGUUUCCAAUGGAUGAGUCGAGUUCUUCAGGCAGUAGAUAGCAUACACCAAGUAGGAGUGUACUGUCUAGCUCUAGUCCCUCCAAACUAUCUCCCCAAGACACCACUUGGUGGAAUUCAUCUUCAUGAGACUAAAAAGAAAUUCCUGGAUGGAUCCUUACACCCAGCCAAUGUGUUGAUGUGUCCCCAUACUUGUGUUACAAACCUCCCUAAACCACGGGAACACAGACCAGAUGUGACUCCCUCAGCUGUACAUGUGGGAAACAUUGUACAAGGGGCUCGCAUGGCCUGGGCUCAGGGGAGAGAACUGAGCAUAUCAGACGAGGAUUCAGACUCUGCACGAAAGGUACCGCACCAGUUCCUCACAGAGAUCCUACGAUGGCGAUCACAGACCACACCAGACCACAAUCUAUACACAUUGCUCAAUUCUAAGAUUCAAGGGAAAUGGCCAUACCAGGUACAAGCACAGCUGACCAUGACAUGUUCCCAACUUCACAAACGAGCAGAAAGAAUUGGCUCCAUGUUGAUGGAGAAGGGCAAGCUCAACACAGGCGAUCAUGUUGCUUUAAUAUAUCACCCAGGCAUAGAGCUGGUGGCAGCAUUUUAUGGCUGUCUUUAUGUUGGCUGUGUUCCGGUCACCAUCCGGCCGCCCCACCCACAGAACAUUUCCACAACACUCCCCACAGUUAAAAUGAUUGUCGACGUCAGUAAAGCAUCAGCCAUUCUUACCAGUAGUAUCGUACUAAAGCUGCUUAGACUCAAGGAGUCAACAGGAAUUGUGGAGACAAAAGCUUGGCCAACAAUACUUGACACAGAUGAUCUACCCAAGAAAAAAUUAGCCGCCAUCUACCGUGCCCCGACCCCAGAAAUGAUCUGUUACCUCGACUUCAGUGUCUCCACCACCGGAAUGUUAGCUGGGGUGAAGAUGUCUCAUGCAGCUGCGACAGCUCUAUGUCGGUCUAUCAAACUCCAGUGCGAGUUCUACCCUUCGCGUGAUGUGGCCCUGUGCCUCGACCCUUACUGUGGCCUAGGCUUCGGGCUUUGGUGUCUAACGAGUAUUUAUUCUGGUCAUCAUUCCAUACUGAUUGCUCCUUCUGAGGUGGAGACAAAUCCAGCAGUCUGGCACACAGCAGUCAGUAAUUACAAAGUUCGAGAUACGUUUUGCUCCUAUGGAGUAAUGGAACUAUGUACGAGAGGCCUAGGGACAUCUACAGCUACUCUAAAGGCUCGAGGUGUAAACUUAAGCUGUGUGCGGACGUGCUGUGUGAUAGCAGAAGAACGUCCGAGGAUCCAUUUGACCACGUCUUUCACAAAACUGUUUGCAAAUCUGGGUCUGUCUCCGAGGGCAGUCAGUACAAGCUUUGGCUGUCGAGUCAACCUUGGCAUGUGUUUACAGGGUGCAUCCUGUCCAGAUCCAACAACAGUGUAUGUAGACUUGAGAGCUCUGAGAAAUGACCGUGUUACCCUGGUAGAGAAGGGAAGUCCUCACAGUCUUUGUGUGAUGGAAUCAGGCAAGCUGCUUCCUGGUGUCAAAGUAGUGAUAGCUAACCCCGACACUAAAGGACAAUGUGCAGACUCCCACCUGGGCGAGAUUUGGGUACACAGUCCCCACAAUGCUACUGGCUACUACACAAUAUAUGGGGAUGAAUCACUCCAUGCUGACCAUUUCGACUCGCACUUGGCAACUGGUGAUGCACGACUGUCUUAUGCUAGAACAGGUUUCCUUGGCUUUGUGCGCCGUACAGAGCUCACUCAAAGUGAUGGAGAACGCCAUGAUGCCAUAUUUGUGGUUGGAGCCCUAGACGAGACAGUGAUGUUAAGAGGGAUGAGGUACCACCCCAUAGACAUAGAGAACACAGUAUCGCGUUCCCAUAGAAAGAUCUGUGAAUGUGCUGUAUUUACCUGGACAAACCUGCUGGUAGUUGUCGUAGAAUUGGAGGGAAAUGAGAAUGAGGCUCUAGAUCUGGUUCCCUUGGUGACGAACGUUGUUCUGGAGGAUCACUACCUCAUUGUAGGGGUCGUAGUGGUGGUGGACCCAGGAAUCAUUCCUAUCAACUCUCGUGGUGAGAAACAACGUAUGCACCUGCGUGACGGUUUUCUAGCCGACCAACUUGACCCCAUAUAUGUGGCCUACAAUAUGUAGUGUAUUCAGCAAAAAGGAGAACUCGGCACAUCUAUAAGAUGUCUUCCAAACCUGAAACCUAACCAGCUGUGUAUGAAACCUAGACAAUAUUGAACAGUUAAACUUGAAAUAACUCUGAAAGGAACCUUGAAAGUAUUUAGCAGCUCAGAGUUAAGCAUCUUACUGUGAACCUUCAGGAUUCAAAGCAAUUAGAAAGUAAUCCUUUUGAAUCGUAUAAAAGAUUGAGAGUCAUGGACAGUUAAUUUGAGAUGUGGAGACUCAUCCUGGAUAUCAAUCUUAUCAUUGUGUCAUUACCAGAGGUAAUUUUAUCAUCAGUUCAAUGGAUUACGUUGAAGAAUUGGAACGUUUAUAUCUCACUGACCAUAUCAUUUGAUUUGAAAUUUUGCCGACAAGGUCAUUUGAUAAUGUGUAUCCUGAAUCAUUCAUUUGGGGUUUCUCCCAGGGAGUCGCAGGUGUAGAGGACUGACCAAGACUCAAGUCUUUAUGCUGCAGUGGCUAUGUUCCCCUACCAAUAUUUGACAUUAAAGGUCACUUUGAAGGUUUGAAAUUUUUCAUUGUCAGAGAGCCUAUCCCUGAAACACUGACAGUGAAUCCCCAACAUGUCAUACUUUGUUAGGCAGGUAUAUUUGCCAUGGUAGAGUCCAUUGUUAUGUGGUAUAAGGAUACGCUUACUUGUUAUUAGAGUAAGUAGGUAUGACCAGGUCUUUUCGAUAUCAAGAUCAUGUGGCUUUGAGAAGAUCAAUGAACCAUGAAUAUUUAUGGAUGAGAAGACCUCCACCACGAUGUUGUGACAAAGUCAUAUUUGUGACCCCUGACCCCCUCUCCUUUAAAAUUAUACUUGUGUGUGGACAAUUUAGUGUUUGAAAAAUUUUUGAACUGUCUCGCAGAUGUAUUUGUCUGCCUUGUAAAGAUGUGAGAAUAGUGUUUAUGUUUUAUCAGCUGAUCAACUUGCAGGAAUAAUGUAAGCCAGAUGGCCUAAAGUUUAUGGGGCAGUAAUUAUUCAAUAGUUUCUAUUCAAGAGAACUUUGUUUUUUGACACCAGAAUGAAAAAGUGUAACAAAUUUACAGUUUGAUGUUGUUAAGAUUUAAUAGGUGUAAAGUCGAUUAAUGUUUUAUCAAACGUUACAGCUUCAUAUUUUUCAAAAAAAAAAAUUUUUCUUAUUUCUUCUUGGAAGCAAAUAAUUGGAUUCUUCUGUAUUUAUUUAAAAAAGCCUAAAUUGUUCAGGUGACCAAUUAUUUCAAGAAAAGUUUUUGAGUUGACACUCAGAUUUAGAAAACCUGUGACAGCCUGAGAAGCAUGUGACUUCUGAGAAGUUUAUCCCAGAAAAAACAUGGGACUUUCAAAGAGCAGUGUAUCCAAACAUAUUUGCAAUGGACUGUAUGUGUGAACCAGCUCAUCUCAUUGAAUUGAAUGUGUACAUGUUUUUUACAAGAUCAUAUAACUUAUUUUGAUGUGCAAAAUAGUUAUUAUAUUAUGGAAACUGUAACAGCUUUUUACCUUCAUAUCCAAUACAGUUUUACUUCCGUAGGCAGAUGGCAUCAUUAGUUCAUAUCCAAAACAGUUUUACUUCAGUAGGCAGAUAGCAUCAUUAGUUCUAUAGUAAAAUUGAUUUAUAAUUAUAAAAUCCUAUGAACUAUUCCAAUGUUAAGUUACACUAUUUCUAUACAGUAAGAAGAGGCAUUUUUCAUUUGAUGCUAAACUAGGAUAUCCAACUAGAUCAAAAUUUGAGGUCACCAUUUGCUGUUGAAAUUACUUACAAAAGCUGAAUAACAUAUAUAUCAUUAUUCUUUUUAACAUUUAUUUUGUAACCAAAUAUUAAUUCAUACAUUAUAUUAAGAAAGAAGUUUUGGUUUUGUUUCUACCUUGAAGGUCUGGCAGAAAUGAAAAAAGACUUACCUAUGUAACAGACUUGAUAUGAAAAUAUCUCCCAACAUCCUGACUGUUGCAUAUACUGAACAUGAUGUUCAGUUGUAUAGUUACCACAGCAUUGAUGUAUUAUCAUACUAGGGAGUGUAUAUCAUGUACAUAUGUAUUAAUUCCUAUAUAGUCAGCAAGCUUUAGUGUGAUAAAGUAGUUACUUUCCCGUAAAGAGAUGUGCAAUAUUUACUUCAUAACAAAAACAAAUUAUUUGUUACAGCUGGGAUAGAUAAUUAAUAUUUUUUUGAGUUUUUUUUUUUUUUUUUUUUGCGAUACCACUGAGAGUUUGUUAUCCUGAAUGUAUAUGGUCAAUUAAGUAAAUUAGUUCUGUAACAAAAUGUACUCAUCCCAGAAAAAAAAAUGUACAGGUGUAUUAUGGUGCAACAAUGUGUUCAUGUGCUCGCUACUGUGGAGUUAUUUAAGUUCGUUAUAUUUUUACAUACCUGGUGUGUCAGUUAUUUGCUGUUCUGUGUGUACUGACCUAUAUAUAUAUAUAUAUAUAUUCUUGAAAUGAAAAUGCAAUGCAACUUCAUUUUCAUCUUACUUUCAGAGAGAAUGUGCUAUUUUGUGAAGGAACUAUCACAUUGAAUUUUUUCUCUGAUUUCUGUGAGUGAGUAAAUGUAUUUUGAUAAGUUGAUUGGUCAACAUAUCAAUUAUUCAGGAUUUGAUUUUAAUAGAACCUGGUCUAUAGAUAGGUACUUAAAAAGUCGUCGCCAAAUUAAGGUAAAAGAUUCUGUUUCAUUACCUAUCAGGAGUUAUUUCCCCUGGCAUUAAACUUCUCUAUAAUUGGAGGAAGCGAUUGCAUGUUUUUGUCAGUUACCUCUAAUUGUCUUAAACUUUGAGGGAGAAAGUAUUUCACUUGAUUUCACAUUUGAUGUUAAGUUUUGAUUAAAUCUGGAUACAGUGAUUUGUUAGUGCUACGUAUGAAAUCUCUUCAAGGACAAUUCCUUGAUCAUAGCUAUAGUGCUCAUAAUAAGCCGACAUAAUCUUAUCGUAAUUUGAAUGUGGUUUGCUUUGUCUUUUUGGACAACUUAACAGAAGUCUGUGGUACACUGUGACUUUUCCUAGUGACUUUUUGGACAAAUUCCAGUGUUACGAAUAUACAUCUAAGUUUGUGGUAAACUCCGAGACUUUUCCUAGUGACUUUGUUACCUUUCAGUUGAAGGUACAAUCGUCAAAAUUCUAAUUCAACAAAGUCAAAGUUUGAUCAAAUUGAAAAUGUUUAAUCUAUGAGCAAAUAACAUUUAUUAAUCAAGUUUAAGCAGACAUAUUAACACUGCUGGGCUUUAGUUUGUUGAAGUGUUAUUUAUGUUUUAAACAUUCGACAGUCUUGUCUUAUUCACAAUAUAACUGUUCAUCACUUCAAAAAGUUUAUGGACUAUAUUGUUUUGCAAAUAUUCAUUUAUUUAAUAAUUUUUAAUUGUUUCUAUUCCUGAGAUUGUUGAUAGAAAUUGAUGUCUUGAUAUAAGAUGGAAAUGUUAUAUCUCAAGAUAAACUUUAUAGUUUGUUAAGUGUCAUCAGAACUCACAAAGUGAUUCUUCUGUUAAUGGGAUGUUCAAGGCUUCCCAAUUAAACAUUUAUCUUACCCUAGGACGUUAGUGUUUUGAUGGACAAUUUUGGAACCCUUGGGUUCAGUAGAUGUUUUCUGUGUCCUCACUUAAACAAUUGUUUAUAUCUGUAGAAAUAAUGAGAUAACAUUCUCUAAACUAAUCAAGACAAACUUUUCACUUCACUGAAUAUUGUGUGUUAAACUUUAUUGAUAUAUUAGAGAUUGAGGAAUAGAAAAAUUGCUGAAAGGAUGGUCUUGAAUGAGCAGAAGAGAGCAGUGUGCCUGAAAGACUUUUUAUACCUUCAAUGAUAAAUAGGUACAAAAUUUGCUGAUAUUUAAAAAGCAGUUUUAAUAUCAUGUUAAAUUUAUAAAGUUUGAAUGAAAUUUGUAAAUCUGUAUACAAGAUGUUUUCUUGGCAUAUCAACUGUAUGUGUCAGUGUUAUUAACCAAAUCUUGUGGAGAAGCAUAAUCCUACAUGUAUAUGUUGCUGUUUUGGAAUUUAAGAAUGAUGACAAUAGCACAAAUUAAUUUGAUGUUGACUUUUAUAGAUUUCAUCAAAUAUCAGGUGAAAUUCAAACUUAAUAAGGUUGAUAUUUUAGUUAAAGUUGAAGAUACUGGCAACAUUUCAAAGUCUGGUCUUAGAAUUACAAAUUUGUGUAAUUGAAAAUGUGUUAAAUUUUGCUGUGGUUAGUAGGCAGUUAUGAAGUAUCUGUAUUUGUUCAACAGCUAUCCAUUGACUGGAAAGUGUGAAUGUUUUGAAGUAAAAUUAAAACGUAAGUUCUUAUGUAUGUAGCUAUUUUUGUGCAGCACACUAAUAUCAUGUAAGGAAUAUGUUUUAUCACACGUCAGAGAGUUUCUGGUAUGCCAAGUCAAGUUAUAUAUUGAAUAACAGUUGUACUUCACAGGAAAUUCAGCUUAACCAAUGUAAUACUGGACUUAAUCAAAAAUUGGAUCAGUUGGUGAGGGUUAUAUUUAAACACAAUGUUUAUAGUAUAUCUAUCUCCAGUCAGAGACAGAGAGAGCGAGCACACCGAAAGGAAACCCUGUUUUAAUCUCGUAUUCACAAUUGACUAAAAUAUUUGUUUAAUGGAAGAAAACUCAACCAGUUCAAAAUGGUACAGAUUAAUUUUUUUGUUUUGGUCUGGGCAUACACCUUUGCAAAAAGCAUUUAUUAAAAUUAGGAAUUUUUUUGUUCUGUUUUCAUAAUUACCAAAAUUGUGAUUUAAACCACAGCUGUUUCAUUAUGUAACUUAAAGUAAGUUUAAAGCAGUAUUUAUUUGAUGUAGUCACCACAUUCUGCUUAAAGGUAUAUCAGUAUAUAUAUGAUAACCAGAGACACCUGUAGAAUAUUAUAUACUGUAUCAUAGAUAUGAAAGGUUCAUUUUUAGGGCAUUUAUUGUUUCUCCAACACACUUAGAUAGAAUUUGUGAACAAGUGUCAUACACAGGAAGUAUUGUAAUAUUCAAGUUUGUUAUUCUUUGUUAUUCUACAUAGUGUCGGUGUGAACCACUUUCUCUUUUUACAUGUUAAGUCUGGUGAGCAAGUGCUUAAUGAGUGUUUCAUCUGUCGACGUUAUCAGUGUCUUGUGAUUUCGUUCAAUAUUGUAACAUUAUUUCAUUAUAGUGUGUAUCACAUGUUAUUUAUCUUCUUGCUAAUCUGGUAUCGCUAGGCCAAGUUUUUGUACAAUUUUUAGCAUAUUUUUUUGUACAUGCAUUUUGUGAGAAGGAGACCUACAGAAAGAUGUGAUGUCAUAGCUGAAAUAAAGCUCUUAAACUCUUA